AUGACCGGGAACGACAUCUACAUCGAGACCGCCAGCAUGUAUUCAGACAGACAGCCACAAGCCUUGCCCGCACAGAACCAUCCCGCAACCGACACCAUGCCGCGCGCCCCGUCCGUCUUCCUCCUCCUCGGCGGCGUUGCCUCCCUGCCCGGUGCGACCCUCGUGCGCUACCUGGCCAAGAAGCCCGCGUCGGGCCUGUCCGUGUCACGCCGCGUCGACCUCGACGCCGACUGGGAAUGGGUCAGGCUGUUUGGCUCGGCGUCACCUGCCGUCCAGGCAAAGAGGCCCAUCCGCGCCGCCAAGCCGGGUCGAUUCAUCGGCCUGUGA